AUGUCUCCCUCGACCACCCUCUCCGAGACGGCGGUCAUCUCGCCCCCUCCAGGCCCGAAAAGACCAGCAACUUCACUUCUUCCUGCUUUUGAGCCACUCUCCUCGUCGCCGGCUUUACCGAGACCCCUCAAGCGAAACCGAGAUGCUCUCGAAGAGCACACGACCUAUCCUACGCCUGUACCUACUUCUUCUACCGCCAUUCUAUCUUCCUCGCCGGCACAUGUAAUCAAAUCCAGACCCAGUCUUCCGAGAACUUCUGCUACCCUUGCUGAACGUACUCCCCUCGGCGCUGUCCCCUCUAUCCAAUUGCAAGCCGAUGGCAAGGUAACGCGUAUGGGAAGAUCCAGCGCUUCUUGCGACUACCAGUUCUCCUCGAACCGUCUGAUAUCCAGAGUCCACGUGGAAGCUUGCUACAAACCAACCGGUUCGCGUCUUGGGCGUGAUCGUGUGGAAAUCACAUGUACCGGGUGGAAUGGGAUCAAGAUACACUGCAAGGGUCAGGUGUACGAGGUCAAGAAGGGAGAGACAUUUUCGUCCGAUAUUCGAGACUCGGAGAUCAUGGUUGACGUUCAUGACAGUCGUGUUGUCGUGGAGUGGCCUCCGAAACCUCAUCUAGGCGCCUUCUCGUCCGAAGACGAGGAGGAGGAUAAUUCUCCUGCCAAGCGUCAACGGGCCAUGUUGCGGCAUUCAACACCACCAAGCCCAAGCCCAAUGCAGGUUCGACGGCGACUCGCUUCUCCCAUCUCCCCAUCACCAGCCGUACAAGCUGUGGUGCCCUCUUCACCCCCACUUCCUCCAGCUACUGUCGACAUAUAUGAAGAUCCUGAACCAGCGACCGAAAGCAGUGGAACAGUCACUGGUGUCGAGGUGUCCCAGUCCACACAGGCACUGUCUGGGAAUUUUGAACACUCCGGGACGUCCCAGAACGGUGCGUCGAUGUCUGCCGAAGAUUUUUCGGACAAUGACGAAGAAAACGAUCCCAUUAUCCAUUCUUUCGGACCCUUUGGAGCGAAUCUUCUGCCCCGCAUGGCAUCGGUUUCUGCUGGAGAUUCUCCCAACCCGAGUGUUUCUGCGAACAGCACACGAUCUUCGCAUACGGAGCCCCUUCCCCUCAACGACGCUCCGAGCUCACCGAAAACAGAAGAAUCAGAAUUUGAUGUGCGAGGUCACAUCAUCAACCAGCUUGCGUUUUCGAGAUUGUCAUCUACUCCGUUGUCCACCAUCUUGAGCCACCUUCCCCGCGAAGCCGGUGUUUUGUCCAUUCAUGAAAUUAGAAAGCUCAUCCGCGGAACGGCGUGCAUUGGUGAAGUUGCAAGGGAAGGCAAGGACGCAGCGGGCAAACCGCUGGAGAGCGAAUUUUAUUACAUUCCGGAUGAAGAUGAGGACGAGAAGAGAAAAGAAGCCGUGGUCAAUGAUUUGCGAAAGCCGGGCUUGCGAGCGUGUCGCAAACAGCAUAAGCAAUACUUCUGGCGAAAGCCCAAAUAG